AUGUCUGAAUUUGGAUUCGGCCUAAGCUCCUUAGAUGCAAGAGUGCAACAACUAGAAUCCUCCUCUGAGGCCUACAGCUCCCAAAUACAGCAACACAUCGGUAAGUACACAUCCAAACCUACCAUGCUGCACAGAUAUGUUGAAGACCUAGAUAAUAGAGGCAGGAGGAACAACAUCAGAGUGCGGGGACUCCCUUAAUCCUACACAGGCUCAGAAAACAUACACCAACUGCAGACAGAUUUGUUUAACUCAAACCUGAAAUGUCCUGCAGCGGCAACCAUCAAAUUUGACAGAGCGCACAGAUCUCUCAGGCCACCGGAGAGAUCGGAAGACUCACCCCACAACAUUAUAUGCUGCCUACAUGACUUCUCUCUAAAGGACUCUAUUAUCAAGAAAGCAAGAAACCUGCACUACGCUCCCAAGGGCGCAACCUACAAAUAUCCAAGAUUUAAUCAUGGAUUACCAUACAAGGCCUGCAGGGCCCUACAACCCAUUACCAGUCAGCUGAAAGACAGGCAGAUCAGAUAA